UGGCUGUGAAAGCGGCCGCAAGGCAUUGUGGGAGCGGCUGAGGCGGUAAAAUGGCGGAUCUGGCAAACGAAGAAAAGCCUGCUAUAGCACCUCCUGUGUUUGUGUUUCAAAAGGACAAGGGGCAGAAGAGAUCUGCAGAUGGGUCCAGUCCAGAGCAAGGUGAAGAUUCUGACAGAGAGGAUGGAAGUUACUGUCCACCAGUGAAACGUGAACGUACCUCAUCUUUCUCUCAGUUCCCACCUUCACAGUCUGUAUCUAAGAACAAUGUCUUCAUGCCAUCCAAUUUCUGCCAGCCUUCCACUGGUAACUCUGAUUCAGAACCAGAGGAAAAGUGCAGUGGAUUCAGGCUAAAACCCCCUACACUUAUCCACGGUCAGGCCCCCAGUGCCGGUCUCCCUAGCCAGAAACCGAAGGAGCUGCAGCGCAGUGUGCUACGUCCAGCAGUAUUACAAGCUCCCCAACCCAAGAGUUUCCCAACAUCAUUUCUCAGCAGUGGAACAAAUGGUGUCAGUUUGACCUCUGAAACAUCUAUGUCCUCCCCAGAUAGUACAAUGAGCAAUCCAUCUUCUCAUCAAGUUACUUCAGAUGCUGAGAUAAAGGACGGUAACGUUCAGGAGUCUGACAGAGAUGGCAUUGAAGGCUCAGAACGAGCUGAUCAGAAUUCCCCUCAGUCAUUUGUAUUUGGUCAAAAUCUGCGGGACAGAGUGAAACUGGAAGGAGAAAGGAAAGCAUCGGUUGAUGGAGAAAACGCAGGAAUGCAAAAUGCAGACGCUCCAGCACAGACCAACUACUUCCUGCAGUACAUCAGUUCAAGCCUAGAGAAUUCGGCUCAUAAAGCAGAAGCAGCCGGCAACAAAUUUGUUUUCGGGCAGAACAUGAUAGAGAGAGUUUUGAGUCUACCCAAAGCCGAGACCAGUUCAGACAGCAACAAGGAAAAUGCAGUUUUGGAAUCUGGAUCGGAGGGUUCUUCGCUGGAGAACACUCCAGAAAAAUCUAAUAACAUCUCUGAAUCACUGGCUGAAUCUGCAGCUGCUUACACAAAGGCCACCGCUAAGAAAUGUUUACUGGAGAAAGUGGAGGUUAUCACAGGAGAGGAGGCCGAAAGCAAUGUACUACAGAUCCAGUGUAAGCUGUUUGUGUUUGAUAAGGUGUCCCAAUCCUGGGUGGAGAGAGGCCGUGGCUUACUUCGGCUCAACGAUAUGGCCUCCACUGAAGAUGGCACAUUGCAGUCUAGGCUAGUUAUGCGCACCCAGGGUAGUUUAAGGCUAAUCCUCAACACCAAACUCUGGGCCCAGAUGCAAAUUGAUAAAGCCAGUGAGAAGAGUAUCCGGAUAACUGCAAUGGAUACAGAAGACCAAGGGGUCAAAGUCUUUCUUAUUUCGGCAAGCUCUAAAGAUACCGGACAGCUCUUUGCGGCAUUGCAUCACCGUAUUCUUGCCCUGAGGAGUCGCGCAGAACAGGAAGUAGAGAUAAAGUGCCCUGAACCGGUUGGGGAGGUGACCCAGUCCAAUGAGGAAGACAGCGAUGAUGACGUCCUGACCCCAACAGGAACAGUUGCUGGAGUUCCCAGUGACGAAGGAGACAAGCCACCUUCCUCCAGUACAUAGCAGCCCCUUACCAGUAAUGGCCCACCUUGCAGGGUGGCGGUCCACUGCUACCUUUCCCUCAUGCCUCUUGGAGUAUUCAAGACCAUCUUCUGAUAUCAAGGCAGGGUCAAGGACAGACUUUUCACCUGCCCCAGGAACUGUUUAAUCUUUUGUUCAUGUUAAACACAGCAGAUAAAAAAAACUUUUGGGCUCCCAUUUUUUUUUAUGAUUUUUGAAGGGUUAAACGGUAUUAUCCAAACUUAAGCGCGUUUUUUCAAUACUUGCCUGGAUGUCUGCGAAUAUAACAGCUCAUCAUAUUGAUGAGCCAACAGAAAUAUUUUCUCACUCCUCCAGCUACAACAAUCUGAGUCCUCUAUCAACACUUCAGCUGUUUUAUAAGCAGGAAUAUUAGUUUGUUUAUUGACAGCCCCUGGUCCCCCCAAAAAAGUUUGUAAAUAAUGCUCUCUUCCACUUGGUUGCUUUUAUUUUUUUGAUUCCAUUCCCAUGCUGGAGCCAUGUGAUACCUGAAAAUGUACAGAACCUUCAAGUCUUUCUUGGAUCCCUUCACCAUUUAAGUCAACGCCACUUUUGCAUUGAAAUAAAUAUUCCAGCCGCAUAAACUUUUAUGUUGAUCUUGAUAUAGGAGUCACCUUCUUCCUCUCAAGACUGAAACCUGUUCCUUAUAAACUGAAGUAGUUCUUCACCAGUCUCCUUUUCUUAUUUUUUUUUUUUCCUAAGUGUAAUGUUGUGCUUAAAAUUAUAUAUAUUUUUUGUUUUUAUUUUUGGCAUAAUAUGCAUCUGUGUGAUGAUAAAGUGAAA